GUGUGUGUGUGUGUGUGUGGAUCAGCAUGGAGACUCCGCACGCCAACUUUGAGGAGGAAAACUGGAUGUAAUUCAUUCUCGGCGGAGGAGCAGCGCGCACCGAGGAGCGAUGAAGCGGGGUUUGUUGCUCUUCGUGCUGGGGUGGAUCAGACUCCCGUGGCUCGUGGAUGCUUUCGUGGUUCAUGUGAGCGAGAAUGCGGGAAAGGGCACCGCGAUCGCCGGUCUGGAGAGAAGCGCCGCUUGCGCGCUGGAGCAGCUCAUCCUGCCGCGCUUCGCCCAGAGUUUCCUGCGCCCGGACGCGGGCGUCCUGACUCUUUCUGACGCUUUGAACUGCGACUCGGUUCUUCUGAACCCGUUCAGGGUGUACGCGGUCGCGGAGUGUUUGGAUAACGCGUCCGGUUUCAGACACCUCGUAACGAGUCGGUAUGAUGUGCACGUUCACGGGAGGAACUGCGCGAGGGAACGUCAGCGGGAAUCAAAAAAGCUGGACGUGGAGAUUAUAAGUUUAACGGACACGACUUCAAAGUGCCGCGAGGCGAACACCGCUGUUUUUCGGGUGUUUGAUGUGUUACCGGGCAACUGUAACGUAACCGGGACUUCAGCGCUUUAUAUCUCCGAAGGGAUGCUGUUCACUUCCGCUCCGCUGUGCUUCACUCGCGACUCGCUGCUGGAGUUCACGCUGCGUUGCGAAAGAGGCGCGCGUAGCGCUUUAGCGCAUGCGCACUGGCGAGUAGGCCGCGGCCCUUUCACUCAAGCACACCUGAGGAAGGUACUGCAGCAGGCCGCGGGUUCGAGCUCGGGUCUGCUGAGCAGAAGGAAGAGGAACAUCAACAAUAACCCUCAGUUCCAGCCUCCGAUGUAUCAGGUGUCAGUUGCGGAGAAUCAGCCAGCUGGGACUUUUGUUGUUCUUUUGAAAGCAUUUGACCCUGAUGAGGGUGAAGCCGGUAGGCUGGAAUAUUUCUUAGAGGCACUGUUUGAUAGUCGGUCCAACAAUCUCUUCACCGUUGACUCGUCUAGCGGCGUCGUUUCCACAGUUGAGAUCCUAGAUAGAGAAACUAAGGAUACACAUGUUUUUAGGGUCACGGCGGUCGAUCACGGAACGCCACGGCGUACGGCGAUGGCCACUCUUACCGUAACAGUUAGCGAUACGAAUGAUCACGACCCUGUAUUUGAGCAGCAGGAUUAUAAAGAAAGCGUACGUGAAAAUCUGGAGAUUGGUUACGAGGUUCUAACUGUGCGCGCCACGGAUGGCGACGCUCCUGUUAACGGAAACAUCCUUUAUCAUUUGCUGAACAACAACAAUGGGACUAGCGAUGUUUUUGAGAUCGAUUCUCGGUCUGGGGUUAUUCGCACUCGAGGACCAGUCGACCGCGAAAUGGUCGAAUCUUACGUGCUUCUGGUCGAAGCCAAUGAUCAAGGAAGGGAUCCCGGCCCCCGAAGUGCAACUGCAACCGUCCACAUCAUCGUAGAGGAUGAUAACGACAACGCACCGCAGUUCAGUGAGAAACGCUACGUUGUAAAGGUUCCCGAAGACUUGACGCCUAACACUGAAAUCCUGCAGGUGACAGCCACAGAUCAAGACCGUGGGAACAAUGCUGUUGUGCAUUUUAGCAUAAUGAGCGGCAACACGAGGGGCCAGUUUUACAUCGACGCCCAAACGGGUAAAUUAGACUUGGUGAGUCAGCUGGAUUACGAGAUUAAUAAAGAGUACAUGCUCCGCAUUCGAGCACAAGAUGGCGGGCGCCCACCGCUCUCCAACAUCAGCGGCCUCGUCACGGUGCAAGUACUAGACGUUAACGACAACGCUCCUAUAUUUGUAAGCACUCCCUUCCAAGCUACGGUGCUGGAGAACGUUCCUGUUGGAUAUUCCGUCAUUCAUAUUCAAGCCGUAGACGCAGAUGCUGGAGAUAAUUCGCGCUUGGAAUACCGUCUCACAGAGAUCACACCGAACUUCCCAUUCACGAUCAACAACAGCACCGGCUGGAUCGUUGUCGCAUCGGAACUGGACAGAGAAAGCAUAGACUUCUAUAACUUCGGAGUGGAAGCGCGAGACCAUGGAACACCGGCCAUGUCCUCAUCAGCUAGCAUCAGCAUGACUAUCCUAGACGUCAACGAUAACAACCCUGAGUUUACACAAAAGGCCUACUACAUGCGCCUAAACGAGGACGCAUCUGUAGGAACGAGCGUCGUUACCGUGUCCGCCAUCGAUCAGGAUAUUAACAGUGUUGUUACAUAUCAGAUCUCGAGUGGGAAUACAAGAAACCGGUUUUCCAUCACUAGCCAGAGCGGCGGAGGCCUCAUUACACUUGCGCUACCGUUGGACUAUAAGCUGGAAAGACAGUACGUCCUUACCGUAACAGCAUCUGAUGGCACGCGCUUCGACACCGCCAAGGUUUAUGUUAACGUAACGGAUGCUAACACGCACAGGCCGGUUUUCCAGAGCUCGCAUUACACAGUCAACAUCAACGAAGACCGGCCUGUCGGGACGACCGUAGUGAUGAUUAGCGCGACGGACGAGGACACAGGUGAGAAUGCCCGAAUUACGUACAUCAUGGACGACAGCAUCCCACAGUUUAACAUUGAUCCGGAUAGCGGCGCGGUAACCACGCAGAUGGAGCUCGAUUACGAAGAUCAAGUUUCCUACACGCUUGCAAUUACAGCUCGCGACAACGGCAUCCCACAGAAGUCCGACACCACUUACCUGGAGAUCCUGGUGAACGACGUUAACGACAACUCGCCCGUGUUUCUGCGCGACCGCUACUUGGGAUCAGUCAUGGAGGACAUUCCCACGUUCACCAGUGUCCUGCAGGUGUCUGCGACCGACCAAGACUCGGGCCUCAACGGACGCGUCUUCUACACGUUCCAAGGCGGAGAAGACGGAGACGGCGACUUCAUCAUUGAGUCCACUUCUGGAAUCGUACGAACUCUGCGACGCCUUGACCGAGAAAAUACACCCGUUUAUAACCUCCAAGCCUUUGCAGUGGAUAAAGGCGUUCCGGCACUCAAGACACCGGUUGAUAUCCAGGUGACCGUGUUAGACGUAAAUGACAACCCCCCUGUUUUCCAGAAAGACGAGUUUGAUAUCUUCGUAGAGGAGAACAGUCCCAUCGGGCUGGUGGUGGCCCACAUAUCUGCGUCAGACCCAGAUGAAGGCAGCAAUGCGCAAAUCAUGUACCAGAUUGUCGAAGGCAACAUCCCUGAGAUCUUCCAACUGGACAUCUUCUCCGGGGAGCUCACCGCUCUGACCGACCUCGACUACGAGACGCGUUCUGAGUAUAUCAUCGUAGUUCAAGCCACGUCUGCGCCUCUGGUCAGCAGAGCCACGGUCCACAUCAAACUCAUCGACAAGAACGACAACGUCCCUGUCCUCAAGAACUUCCAGAUUAUAUUUAACAACUAUGUAACCGAUAAGACCAACAGCUUCCCGUCGGGGGUGAUCGGCCGGAUCCCGGCUCACGACCCGGACAUCUCCGAUCAGCUCCACUACAGCUUCCAGGCUGGAAACGAGCUGAGUUUGGUGCUCCUGAACCAGAGCACCGGAGAGAUCCGACUCAGCCGAGCCCUGGACAACAACAGACCUCUGGAGGCGUCCAUGAAGAUCUCCGUCUCGGAUGGCGUUCACUCUGUGUCGGCUCAGUGUCUGCUGCAGGUCACCAUCAUCACGGACGAGAUGCUCUCCAACAGCAUCACGCUGCGAUUGGCCGACACGACGCAGGAGCGCUUCCUCUCGCUCCUAUUGGCUCAGUUCCUGGAGGGCGUGGCCCGUGUGCUCUCGGCGUCGCGGGAGGAUGUGGUGGUCUUCAACAUCCAGGACGACACGGACGUCAGCGCCGGGAUCCUGAACGUCAGCCUGUCGGUGGCGGCCCCGGGCGAGGGGUCGCGGGGUCACGGGGUCAGCGGCGGGGGUCAUCCGGAGUUCUUGGGGUCCGAGGAGCUGCAGGAGCGUCUGUAUCUGAACCGCAGCCUGCUGGCGCAGAUCUCCUCACAGGAGGUGCUGCCUUUCGACGACAACAUCUGCCUGCGCGAGCCGUGCGAGAACUACAUGAAGUGUGUAUCAGUGCUGAAGUUCGACAGCCUGGCUCCGUUCGUGGCGUCCGACACCAUCCUGUUCCGGCCCAUCCACCCGAUCGCAGGGCUGCGCUGCCGCUGUCCGCUGGGCUUCACGGGCGACUACUGCGAGACUGAGAUCGACCUGUGCUACUCCAAACCCUGCGGCCCUCACGGGAUCUGCCGCAGCCACGAGGGCGGCUUCACCUGCCAGUGUCUCCACGACUACACAGGCGAGCGUUGUGAGAUCUCGUCGCGCUCGGGCCGCUGCGCCGAGGGCGUGUGUAAGAACGGCGGGACGUGUCUCAAUCUGCUGGUGGGCGGCUUCAGGUGCGAGUGUCCUCCCGGAGGCCUGGAGAAACCCUUCUGCCACAUGAGCUCCAGGAACUUCCCUCCGCAGACCUUCAUCACCUUCAAGGGCCUCCGGCAGCGCUUCCACUUCACGCUCUCGCUGUCGUUUGCGACUCGAGAGCCUGACGGUCUGCUGCUGUAUAACGGACGCUUCAACCAGAAACACGACUUCAUCGCCCUGGAGAUUGUUAACGAGCAGAUCCAGCUCACGUUCUCCGCAGGAGAGACGAAGACCACGGUGUCGCCCUUCAUCGCCGGCGGAGUGAGUGACGGCCGCUGGCACACGGCACACGUGCACUACUACAACAAGCCCAUCCUGAACCGAGCAGGUCUCCCUCAGGGCCCGUCUGAUCAGAAGGUUGUCGUGGUGACGGUGGACGAUUGCGACAGUUCUGUGGCGCUGCGCUUCGGUCAUGUGAUCGGAAAUUACUCAUGCUCCGCCCAGGGCAGCCAAUCAGGAUCCAAGAAGUCUCUGGAUCUGACGGGGCCGCUGCUGCUGGGCGGCGUUCCCAAACUCCCCGAGGAGUUUCCCGUUCAGAGUCGCCAGUUCAUCGGCUGCAUGAAGGACCUGCGCAUCGACCAGCGGCACAUCGACAUGGCCGGAUUCAUCGCUAACAACGGAACGCUAGCCGGAUGUUCUGCGAAGCGUCAUUUCUGCGGCACUAACCCAUGUCUGAACAGCGGCAGCUGUGUUGAUCUGUGGGGAUCGUUCCGAUGUGACUGUCCGCUGGGAUUCGGAGGACGGAACUGUGAGAAAGCGAUGCCCAACCCGCUGCGUUUCCAUGGUAAUAGCCUGUUGUCGUGGCGGGAUCUGGUCGCCGUGGUAAUGGUUCCGUGGCACCUGGAGUUCAUGUUUCGCACGCGACAUCCGACGGCGACGCUGAUUCAGAUCAGUUCAGCACAGCAGCACAACCUCACCAUACAGCUGAGGGAGGGUUACGUGUUGACGUCAGUCCAGCGCGCCGAGGACUCCGCUGUGUCUCGUGUUGAUGAUGUCACAGUGAGUGACGGCCAAUGGCAUCACCUGCUGCUGGAGCUCCGAGGGCCCUCGACGGGCGGCAUAACAGCGGCACUGAGCCUCGACCACGGCCUGUACACGUCGUCUAUGGAUCUGGACUCUAAGCUGAAGGGUGUUAAACUGAAGACUGUGAGUGUGGGCGGCAUCACAGACGGCAGGAAUAAAGUCAUCAGUGGAUUCAGAGGAUGUGUUCAGGGCUUGCGUCUGGGUGGCUCCGCCUCUGCUCCUGUGUUUCCCAGCAUGCAUCAGGCUGACGUUCUGAACGUGGAGUCGGGCUGCAGUGUGCUGAACCCCUGCGGGUCGAACCCGUGUCCGGCUCACAGCGACUGCAGCGAUGACUGGGACGCUCACUCCUGCAGGUGUCACCGCGGUUACUACGGCAACAACUGCAGCGACGCCUGCGCUCUGAACCCCUGCGAGCACCAAUCAGCAUGCAGCAGGAAGUCAAGCUCCGCCCACGGAUACACGUGUACCUGUCCCAGCAGCUACUUUGGCCAGUACUGUGAGAAAAAGAUGGAUCUGCCCUGUCCCCGUGGAUGGUGGGGUGAUAAGUCAUGUGGUCCGUGUAACUGUGACACGGCUAAAGGAUUCGACUCCGACUGUAACAAGACCAGCGGAGCGUGUCGCUGCAAGGACAAUCACUUCCUGCCGGCGGCGAGCGAGGUGUGUGUGUUGUGUGAGUGUUACGCCGUGGGCUCGCUCUCGCGCGCCUGUGACCGGGUCAGCGGUCAGUGUCCGUGUAAGCCGGGCGUCAUCGGGCGACAGUGUGACCGCUGUGAUAACCCCUUCGCUGAGGUGUCGUCCAGCGGCUGUGAAGUGAUCUACGACAGCUGUCCGCAGGCCAUCGAAGCAGGAAUCUGGUGGCCACGGACCAAGUUCGGUUUACCAGCGGCCGUCUCGUGUCCGAAAGGAUCCAUCGGAACUGCGAUCCGUCACUGCGAUGAGCACAAAGGCUGGCUGUCGCCGAACCUCUUCAACUGCACGUCCGUGAGCUUCAGUAAACUCAAGACACUGUCGGAGCGUUUGGCGCGUAACGCGUCCCUGAUGGAGUCCGGUAACGUCCAGCAGACGGCGGCGCUGCUGUGUAACGCCACGAAGAACGCGAGACAGUUCUACGGCAGCGAUGUGAAGAUCGCGUAUCACCUGACGCGCGCAAUCCUGCGUCACGAGAGCAGCCAGCAGGGCUUCAACCUCACCGCCACGCAGGACGUCUCGUUCAAUGAGCACCUGAUGCACGUGGGCAGCUCUAUACUGUCGGUGGAGACCCGUGGCCACUGGGAGCUCAUCCAGCAGACGGAGGGAGGCACGGCCGCACUGCUCCGACAGUUCGAGGAGUAUACGAAUACUCUCGCGCAAAACAUGAGGAAGACCUACCUGAGCCCCUUCACCAUCGUCACGCCCAACAUCGUCAUCUCCAUCGAUCGGUUGGAGAAGAUGAAUUUCGCUGGCGCCAAACUGCCGCGUUACGAGUCCCUGCGCGGGCCACGCCCCCUGGACCUGGAGACAGCCGUCACUCUUCCUGACUCUGUCUUCAUCCCCGCCCCCGAGGGCAAAGGUCAGCGGCACCACAGCGAGCCAAUCGCAGAGUCCGGCAGAAACCACACGGCCAAUCGGAAGAAGCGGCACCCGGGCGAGCGCGAGCAGGAUGCUAUCGCCAGCGUCAUUAUCUUCCACAGCCUCGCGACGCUGCUGCCGGAGCGAUACGACACCGACAAGAGGAGCCUCAGGGUUCCCAAGCGUCCGGUCAUCAACACUCCUGUGGUCAGUAUAACAGUUCAUGAUAACGAGGAGCUGCUGCAGCACACCCUGGAUAAACCCAUCACGGUGCAGUUCCGUCUGGUGACCACCGAGGAGCGCUCUAAACCCAUCUGUGUGUUCUGGAACCACUCCAUAGUCGCUGGCGGUCCGGGAGGCUGGUCUUCUAAGGGGUGUGAGGUGGUCUUCAGGAACAGCACACACAUCAGCUGCCAGUGUUAUCACAUGACCAGCUUCGCCGUACUCAUGGACAUCUCACGCCGAGAGAACGGAGAGAUCCUGCCGGUGAAGCUGAUCACAUGGAGUUCAGUGGGCGUGACGCUGGGCUUCCUCUUCCUCACCAUCGUCUUCCUCACUUGUCUGCGGGCAGCGAGCAGCAACAAGACCAGCAUCGUCAACAACGGUGCUGUAGCGCUCUUCAUCGCACACCUCGUCUUCAUCCUGGGCAUCAAUCAGGCAGAUAACCCGUUCCUGUGUACGGUGAUGGCCAUCCUGCUGCACUUCCUGUGGCUCUGCGUCUUCUCCUGGCUCUUCCUGGAGGGGCUGCACGUCUAUCGCAUGCUGAGCGAGCUGCGCGACAUCAACUACGGCCCCAUGCGCUUCUACUACCUGAUUGGCUGGGGCGUGCCGGCCUUCGUCACGGGUCUGGCGGUGGGACUGGACCCCGAGGGCUACGGGAACCCGGACUUCUGCUGGCUCUCGCUCUACGACACCCUCAUCUGGAGUCUGGCGGGUCCCGUCGCGUUCGUGGUGUCGAUGAACGUGUUCCUGUACAUCAUGGCGUCGAGAGCCUCGUGUUCACUGCAGAGGAAGAGCUGCGAGAAGAGAGACGUGCCGGCGGCGGGGCUGCGGGCAGCGUGUGCCGUGUUGCUGCUGGUGACCGUGACCUGUCUCUUAGCGCUGCUGUCGGUCAACAGCGACCUGAUUCUCUUCCACUAUCUGUUCGCUGGAUUCUGCUGCGCUCAGGGGCCGUUUAUCUUCUUCUGUCGUGUGCUGUUCAAUAAAGAAGCGAGAGACGCCAUGCGCUACUGCUGCGGCAAGAAACGACCCGAUCACAUGAUCAAGUCCAAACCAUCGGCGUUUAUCUGUAAUAGUAAUUUCGCGGACGGACGUCUGUAUCAUCUUCCGUUCGCUGAGUCCAGUGUUUCUCUGAACGGAACCCAGAGCAGCAAAACACAUCAGAACUACAUGCCCUUCAGCCUCCGUGGAGACGAUCUGAACAGCAGUCACCUGAGUCUGAGUGAACACAACACACUCUUCAAAGACAAAGAGCGGCUGGACGAUCAAGACUCAGACUCUGACAGCGAUCUCUCGGAGCUGGAGGACGAUCAGAGCGGCUCGUACGCAUCCACACACUCGUCCGACAGCGAGGAAGACGAGGGCGAGUUCCCGCAGGAGGAAUGCUGGGAGAAUCUGGCCACCGGCGGCCCCAUCAAACCUCACGGUACGACGUCAGGCGGUUCAACCGACUCCGCGCUUGCGCUAGCGCCUGACCUCUGCGUGACCUCUGUGUGUGUCUCAGAUGUCUGGGAGGGAGAGACGGGAGCGGCGGAUGAGCGACUGAAGGUGGAGACGCUGUCCAAACCCGAGGACAGAGCAGAGGAUCAUGGGACGGAAAACCUGCUGCUGCUGCUGCCCAGUUUACCCAACACCGCCGCACCGCCACACAAAGGAAUCCUGAAGAAGAAGCAGCUGUCGCCCAUCGCCGAGAGGAACGCCAUCAAUCGCAUACACAACCAGCUGUCUGGAGACUCCGCCUCCUCACGAGGCCCCUCCUCCAGCGAGGGCCGAGGGGGCGGGGCUAGGCGGGAUUAUCAGAAUGGGGCGUCCUCGAGCGGACUGAUGAAAAUGCUCGACAACGACUCGUCCGAAUCUGAAUGCUGAUGAGUGACGAGAAUGAAGAGGCGAAGAACAAUCGUCCCGUUUCCGUCACUCCGUUUAGUUUUUCCUACAGUUAAUCCGGUUCUCUGUGCCAAACGCCGACGAGAAUCUGACCGUUUUUACGUUUUUGUUUACAUACUUGAAGCGAAGCACUUUUUUUAAUUUCUUUCGUCCUCUCGUCGCAUCGAAACCACAUCCUGAAACGGACAUUUUGUAAACGAGCGAAAAAAAGAAUAUCAGGGAAUUUCCUACAUGAAGCUACACCACUGCUGGACCGAGCUGCUGCUGCACGAGAACCAACGGACUCCUGAUUCAAGCCUUUCACGUCUGACGCCUUCUCAGCCAGCAGGGCCUUUUCUUUCGUACCGUUGGAGGAGAGCAACGCUUUUGAUACUCGCUUUUUUGUAAAUUUUGGGGACAUUUUUAUACGGACUUUUAAAAAGACUGACGUUUAAAACCUUUUGAAAGAAACCCUUUGUAUUUUAUAGAUUAGCAAUGAUGUAAAUGUGAAUUUAAACCUCUGUUCUCAGUGUUGUCCGGCUCUUUAGCACGUCACGCGAGAAACACGCUAACCCAUCCAAACAUCUCUUCUGAAUCCCGUUUACGCUUCCCUGCGUCAAAACGUCACGUUUUAUGGCUUCACUCUUCUGAAACGCUCCAGACGGGUCACUUUUGGACUUUGAUAACAAAUCUGUACAGUUUUAUAUCCACACGGUUCUUUGCUCUCAGUGCUUUAUCAUGAAAGCCUGUUUAAGCCACGGGAUGAAAAAUGUGAAAAUGGCAACUUUUCGUCCCACGAUUCACUUUUUUCCUUAGAGUUGCAGAUAAAAAACACACAUUUAAAAUUGUGCGAUAUUAACUUGGAAUUUGGAUAUUUUCCAUUUAAUUGCUUAAAAAAAAAAAUUAUUCCACGUCGUGAACAAAGCAACAAUGACGAAAACAAUUGCGAAAUCUAAAAACGAUUGGGAAAUUGUAAACUCUGAGAAAAAAAUACCAAUAAAAUAAAAUCAGAAAUGGAAGAUUAAAAAGUCACAACUGCGUAAAAAAAGAACAUUUCCUGCAGAAAUGUAAAAAACGAAAUUGCGAAAAACAAUUGCACAUCGUAAAACCUGCGACUGCGAAAUAUAGUCUAUUGCUAGAUAAAAAGUUUUCAUUAAAUUGUACAUGUUGGAAACAAAAAAACUAUUGCAAGAAUAUACUCAGAAAUCUGAGAAAAAGAUCAAAUUGCGAGAUUAAAACUACGACUUUCUAAGGCAAUCGUAACGAUAUGCUGAAGGUCAGAAUCGUGUGAUGAAAGCCUGCCGAGAGUUUGGGGAAAAAGUUUGAUUUGUGAGAUCGCAAGUGAAAAAGUCUUAGAAUUAAUCUUGUAUUAUUUGAUUUAGAUCUGUGAAAACUAAAAAGUAUUGUGAUGGUGAGUCUGUCACUGUUAGUGUUUUAUGUUUUUCAUUCUGUGGCAGAAACGCGCUUCCCUGCUUUUCACCUGUAUUUCUGUGUAUGACUGGAAUCGGUUUGGGCUGGAAACACUUUGUAAAACACUGACUUGAAGUAAAUGCUGUUUUUAAUGCGG